AUGGCGAUCAAGGGAGCUACUCAUGACAGUGGCGAACACUAUGGACCUGGUACCUACGUGGAGCAAAGUUUCUCACCACUACCUGAAGAAUGCAGACGUCUUCUACAUCUGUUCGCUGCGAGGACGCCUGGAUUUACAAGGGACCAGGCUCUCCUCGAUGGCGUCCAAUUCACAGGCGAUGAUCUGCCUUGCAUCCCAGGUCCGAUCAAGUCUCAGGCUGUGACUGCAGUUCUACAUGCCAUGGUCGGCAUUGUUGGCCUGGAAAUCCUCCACCUACGCGGUGACACCACCGCCACCACCACUCACAUCGACACGAACCACGCAGGACUGUUUCCAGCGACUCCAGCUCUCGUCCACAUCGACGGUCAAACAGGCCCUGCUGUGAUCAAGAUGCCCACCGUCCCUCAGUGGGACAAGGAUCGCCGAUCUGGUUCCUCCCUGGUCUUUCGUGCCACGGCAAUCUACGAAACAGCCGACAAGGGUGUCUGGUAUCAACUCCAUGGAUCACUCGAUUCAUGGAAAAUGCUGGCACUCAUCGGCAUCGGCAAAGAACUUGAUGCAGAGGUUCGUACGGACGAUGCAGCGUAUGACUUGAUCCAGCAACGAGUUCGUACAUAUCGUGCAAUCGAAAUUGAGCAACUCAUGCUCCAGAAUGGCUUGUCUGGGAACAUUGUCCAUUCUCCCGAGGGCUGGCUCAACACCGAGAUGGGAAAGUCUCUGGCUCGCCAUCCCUUGGUCAACUACUCUCGUCAGUCGUGCACUGCAGACUUGCCUCCAGUAUCGAUACCUACACUCAAUGAUAGACGACCGCUGGCGGGGAUCAAAGUCGUGGAGUUGACCCGCAUUAUUGCCGGAGCCGCAGCUGGUGCUGCAUUGACAUCAAUGGGUGCCGAAGUCAUUCGAGUAAACUCUUCCAAGCUCAAGGACUACACUCCAGCGCAACCUUCCUCACUGAUGGCAGGCAAGACGACUAUCGACCUAGAUCUGGAAGACCCUACCGACCAUGCCAAGCUCCUAACACUGUUCGAGCAAGCCGAUGUUAUCCUCCAAGGCUACCGCCUCGGCUCAUUUAAGCGUCGCGGGUUUGGCAUUGGAUCUGCCUUGGAAAUAGCCAAGAAGCGCGGCAAGGGUAUCGUGUACGUUGACGAAAACUGCUACGGGCCCGACGGCUACUAUGCAGAGCGACCAGGAUGGCAACAAGUCGCCGACGCGGCAGCAGGAAGCUCCUACAUCAUGGGCCAAGCAUUCAACUGUCCCGCAGGCCAAGGCGUUCUACCCAGCUUGCCAAUCUCAGACAUGUCGACGGGCAUCUUGACCGCUUUGACGAUCAUGUGUGCAAUCCGAGAUCGCGCCAAGUAUGGUGGCUCUUAUCACGGACAUGCAGCCUUGACUGGCUAUAAUAUGGCUACCCUGGACCCUGAGGUCAGACUAUAUCAGCGGAACACCGUACAAAAGAUCCAAGACAAGUACCAAUUCGCCCCAUGGUCCAGCGAUAUUCAUGUUGCACCGUUGUACUAUCAGAUCCUGGAGUCAUGGGGUAAGAAGAGCAGUCUGAUUGAAAACGAGAAGUACUAUGUACGUUUCUCAGAUUCUGUGUUCGGAAACGACCUUCGUGUUCUGGCGCCUAUCGUAAAGUAUGAUGAUGAGAAGGUCACACCGAGGUGGUCGACGCCUCCGGUACCUUUCUGUCACCACCUGUUCAGAACAUUUGAAGGAUGA